AUGGAGACGCAGUCCGAGGAGCAAGCCGCUGCCGAGACCGCGGACUCCAGAGGGGAAGGCGAGCCGCCGCCGGUCGCCGGCGCCCAGGCGGCGCGUCCCGAGGACCGCAUGACCCUGCUGCUCAGGGUAAGAGCACAGACCAAACAACAACUCUUGGAAUAUAAAUCAAUGGUUGAUGCAAAUGAAGAAAAAACUCCAGAACAAAUCAUGCAGGAAAAGGAAAUUGAAGCUAAAAUUGAAGAACUGGAAAAAGAAAUUGAAGAGGCAAAAAUUGCUUUUGAAAUGAAAAAGCUUGCGUUAGACAGGAUGCAGCUUUCAAGUGCACUUAAAAAACACCUGGAGAAAAUUAACAUCAAGACUAGUGUGCUCAUGGAUAACAUGAAACAAAUACUAAGUCUAAAUAAAUUAGUAAUGAAAUCACAGCAGGAAGCCCGGGACUUGGAAGACAAAUUGCUUGAUGUUAGAAAGAAGAGAUUGCAGUUAAAACAAGCUUCAGAAAGGAAGCUUUUAGAAAUACAGACAGAAAAGAACAAACAGAAAGAUGAUUUGAGUAGUAUGGAAAAUUCGGGGAAGAUAAAGACCAUACAACAAAACCUGGAGAUGGAGAUACAGAUUACUACAGUUAUUCAACAUGUGUUCCAGAACCUCAUUUUGGGGAGUAAAGCCAACUGGGCAGAGGAUUCUGCCCUUAAGGAAACUGUUCUGCAGCUUGAGAAGAAUCUCACCAUGAUCCAAUAA